CAGAUAGGGAUAGCUGUGUAAGACCUAACCAGAGCACAUAGGAGCUGCCUGCAUUUGCCUGGCAAAGAGGUCCAACGAGGUAGUGGGGGAAACUGUGGGAGGGGUGUAGCCCUGGAGACUGAUAUUCAGUGUUAGACUAAACUGGACAACAGUCUACUAUCUGGUGACUAGGAUCUAGAUAUGAGCUGAACCUGGGGAGGGUAAAGGAUCUCUAGUCUGGGCCUGGGGGUGGGGGCUAGUCCUACUGCCUACUACCUACCUAUCUUAAGGAAAACAUUCUUCAAGGCUUACUGCUAGGACAUGAGUGAGCAGCAGGAAAGGGAGACAGAAGAGGAUGAAGGAGGCACUUCAGACACAGCACCCAUGCUACCCCGAAGAAGAUCUACUGACUACCAUAUCUCAGUCCUGGUAUGCCCAGGGUGGCCUAUCCUGGCCACCCAAGGCCUCAGGACCCUGUUGCUGCCUGGCCGGGCUCUGGUUGUGUUCCUGUUCCGUCUGCUGCUACCUGGGAUAGUCUUCCUGCUGGUGUUGCUGCCAGCAGCUGCCAUUGUCUACCUGGGAUUCCUGUGCCACUCACGGGUUCAUCCAGCCCCGGGGCCACGAUGCCGAGCGCUGCUCUCAGACCGCGGCUCUGCAGCGCUCAUUGUGCUCGGAUUCCUCUCCCUGCCGCCGCUUCUGGUGCUCGCCUCGGCCGCCCGCUCCCUCCUGGUCCAGCAACUACGCCCUGUGCUGCCUACCCACGCGAGGGCCCCUGAACCGCCGAGAUGCAGCGAAGAGGGUCUGGCGGGCGACCGCCCUGACGAAGAGAAACAACUCUGAGCUUGGGUCUGAUGCUUCAGAGGCGUCUCGGUGUAGAGAGCCCCGCCUGCCUCUGGGCUCUGAGCGCAGUGCUCCAAGUCGCCAGGAGAUGGCAACCGGGCCCCUUAGACCAGGUUGGCGCUUCUCGGAGGAGGGAGGUGGUCCUCUGAGAAGGUGCCCUGGGCUCUGCUCCCUCACAAAGCGAAUGCCCCCCCAUUCCCUCCUGUGGUCAGCAGCCGGCUUGGCGAAUAUCUGUGUCCCCCAAAACAGCGUUAGUUCUCGAAGCUCCAGUGUGACCAGUAGCAACCAGACUUCAUGACUUAACGAGAUUCAGCUUGAGGAAAAGGCUCAAUUGGGUCUAUGGUCAAAAUAUUACCAGGUCAGGUUUCAGGUGAGACUAGGAUCUAGGAUUAAUGGCUCAGCAUAAGCCCAAGGUCAGCACUCUGCUUGCUUUUGUUUGUUUUUUAAUAUAUACUUUAUUUUAUGUUGA